CGACCGUUGAAAACCUUUUCCUCAAACGGUCACUUCAUCAUCUACCAUUUUCAUAUACUCAGUCAUCUGUACCAUUGGCUUUUGCAUUCAUCAUCUUUCAACUUUUUCACUUGAAAGAAUUCAUCUUUGUUGCUCUGAUGGAAAAGGAAAACACGCUGAAAACUCCUCCAAAAGUUCCAAUUCAAGCUAAGAAAGCUGAACCUGAAUGCAAAACACCAACUCCAGCUCAACAACACCACCACAACAAUGAUCGCAGUAACUCCUCAAACGAAUUGCGCAAACCUGUUACUCCUGAUCAGCUCAGAGUCCCCAAGGCAUUCAAAUACCCUGAAAGAUAUACAAGUCCAACUGAUAUGAUGAUGUCACCAAUAACAAAAGGCCUUCUUGCCAGAACUAGAAGGGGUGGUGGUGUAAUGUUACCAACUGAUAGAAAUCAACAAAAGAUUCUGCAGAUUGUAGAUAUGCCCUUGAAGGAUGUGGGGAGUUUUCAGAACAAGUUUCAAAUGCAGUUUGAUGAGAAGAUCAACACAACUUGAGAGGUUCAAAGGGAGUUUAAAGAUUAUGUAACAUUUGAGAGACAGAUAAAGUUGUCUGUUCUGUUAUUAUAAGCUUGAGAGGUCUCAUUGUGAUGCUCAUUUUUCUUCUCAAACAGUCCCAUUUUGUAGAAAUUAUUGGUCCUUGUUAUUUCAUAAAGGUUUAUAUUUUCA